AUGGCCGUGGGUCGGGCUCUCUUCUCUACUUCAGAGAACAGGGCAGCGGCCAACAGAAGAUCCAACGCGACUAUUCGCAAGCAUUCCGGCCAUUCCAUUAGGCAAACCAACAAGCAACCGGCGCCGAGUUUAGAGAAGGCUAAGAUGGACCCUAGCAAAGCGCCCGCCAUUCUUCUCCCAGAAACCUUUGUCGUUCCCCCCUUGUCACGCUUCCCGAAACAGUUCAAGCCGCUCAUGUCCUACCUCUGGGGCAUCAUCCGUGUCAAGACGGUGGACUUUUUGCUGUCCAGACAAUACCGGUUCUCGUCCAUGCCCGGCUGGAGACAGAAGCCGCUGCUCUCGCUCAAGAAGGCGCCUUUGAUCGCGCAGACCAAGGCCCUGCACCGGCAGAUGAACGAGGCCAUCGCCUCGGGCGACGCGGAAAUGCUGGAGAAGAUUGUCGACCCCUACUUGUACGUGCCGUUGGCGGUCAACAUCGAGCAGAGGCCCAAGGGCCGCACCGGCACGUGGGAGCUCGUGCGCUACAACAAGGAGCCGCGCGUCGUCUCCCACAAGAUCUUCCCUCUGCAGGGAACCAAGGAUAAGCUGUUGUGGCAGGUCACCGUGUCCAUUGCCAGCCGUCAGCGCGUGGUCCAGCACGAGAGGGGCAAGGUCGUGCCCGGCAGCGAGAAGGAGCUGGAUCUGGUUGAGAACGUGGUGAUCGGAACCAUGGUCAGCAACGAGACGUGGGCAACGCUAAAUGGGUGGAGAAUCAUCUCUACCGUUCAGCCCAUGACGCCAGAGAAGUGGGAGCGGGAGCAGGAGACGGUCACGCUGCUGGCUGAGGCGGGUGCCCGGUCGAACUAG